AACAACAAGAAAAAAUUGAUAAACAAUUUGUCCAAAAAUUAGAGAAGAAAAAUAGAAUAAUUAAAGAAUUAACUCGUUACAAUGAAGAACUAACUCGUUACAGUGAAGAAAUAACUCGUUACAAUGAAGAACUAAUUGAAUACAAUGAA